AUGCCCAACGCCUUUUUGACUUGCGAACUAAACGUAAACUUGAAAGGAGACAGGUUAUAUGAAGAUAUGCUUGGUGAUGGCGAGAUUAUUGUAGUUGUGGAAUCAAACAAGACUAAGAAGAGCUGCAUGGAUGUUUUAGUUCCUAGCUCCGGCCGAAAAUUAAAAUUUCAAAACAUCUUCGUCGAAAACAGUGAAGAGAAGUCCUACCUAUACAAAACGAUAAAUAACAUCCAGAACACGGCAACGACAUUAAUUCUUACUAAAAACAAUUCAGAGGUGCGUGACGACAAUGCCGAUGAUACUCUUUACAAAGCAUUAUCGGAUCCUUCCAGGCGCUUAACAUUGUACUCAAUUUCAUCGUUGGACCAGAUAGGAUCUUUAUACAAGUUGUUGAAAAACGUUAUAAACAACGCUGAUUUGCCACCUGUUCCAAUUUUAUUCAGGCGUGUGACGAAUUCUAAAAUGUUAAACGUUAACGUUGUACUGGUGAUGCUGUCGUUGUUUGAGAUGAUGGACAAGCACAAGCAGGUAGAUGUCUACCAAGCAGUCUACCAACUACAACCACACAACUACCGCAGCUGCAGCAACAACGACGACGACAAGUUUGUCGCGAUAUACGAAAAUGAUGAAGUUUUCAUAACACUGGACCAAUAUAAACUUCUUUAUCAUGUGACUGCAAAGAUUAUUAAUAAUGAAACAUAG